AUGGCAAGUAGAGCAGUGUCUUCUUUGUUCCGCUUCAUUCACUCAUCAGCUCUUAGGACUUCAUCACUCACCAGGUCAUCUGUGUUUAGAGAGAAAUCCACAAGUACAGCCAUGGGGGAUGAGAAACCUGUUGAGACUGCUAUUCAUAAAAAGCUGUCGGAAGCACUGAAGCCAGAACACCUUGAAGUGAUCAAUGAAAGCUACAUGCAUAACGUUCCAAAAGGCACAGAGUCUCACUUCAAAGUUGUGAUUGUUUCGUCUGCCUUUGAAAAUGUGAAACGCAUUGAUAAGCACAAGCUGGUCCACAAAGCCCUUCAGGAGGAGCUGGAGUCUUCAAUACAUGCUUUAUCCAUUGUGGCGAAGACGCCACAAGAAUGGGAGACUUCCAAAGAUGUAGGACAGUCUCCAGCCUGUCGAGGAGGAGCUGGCUUGUAA